AUGGCCUCGCUAGCUCCAGCAUGGCGAGCUGGCUCUUCACACCCGCUGCGACGUGCCAUCGCGGGACCCUUGGCGAUUCACAGCACAAGACUCUAUGCGUCUAUGCCCGGCAGGAACAAGAUUAUUCGAGAAAUGGACCGAGCCUCUCGCCAGAGCUCGAAUAAAAUGGCCAAGGAGCAGAGCAUGUCGAACAUGCAAAAGCUUGCGAAUGCCGAAUACUUUAAAGAUGGCGGUGGUCCUCUAUUUCCCGGCACAUUCGUCUCCCUCCCGCUAUCACAGUACCCCAAAUCUCCCUCCGAGCUCCUCCAAUACCAAAUCGCCCGCAUGAAGCACUGGCUCAUCUGCGCCACGUCAGUCCUCAACUUCAAGCUCAAGUCGAUGCCCAACUGGACGACACGGCCGAAAUGGAAAGCCCGCCGGGGCAAGAUUGCACCCACAGCCAAAGCCAUGUACUGCGAGAUGCUAGAGGCCUUUGCCGCCGGCGACAAGGUCACCCUGAACAAGAUUUGCCUCGGGGAGUUCGCCAAGAAGCUCAGCGCGGCCAUUGACCGCCGCGACCCCAAGGAGCGCGUACGUUUCGAGCUUGUCAAGUACAACAAGGGCCUGUUUUAUCCCAAGUUGAUGUCUCAUCAGAUCCACGAGGUGAACCCCUUUGACAAGACCAUGGUCACGGAGCAGGCGGUCGUGGCGAUUGCGUCGACGCAGCAGGCGGCCAAGAUUAGCGCUGUCACGGGCGAGACUGUUCCGGGGAGCUUGAAGCUGCAGGAUAAGAUUGAAUACGUCGUGCUGUCGAGACAAGCGAACCAGAAGACUUUUGAGACUACGCCUUGGCGCAUAUGGGGGACCACUUCGGUAACGACGUUGGACGCCUACUUGCGGGAGAAGGCUGUUAUAGACAAAGAGCAGGCCAGGCGGGCGGGGUGGACCGAUUCGGCUCCCAAGUAA